AUGACAAGGGAAUUCCAUUCUGAAGAAGACGUGACUCGAGCAGAACACGAAUUCAGUGAGCUAAUCAUAAGGGAAUCAGGUUUAGCCUUCUAUACCGCUAAUAAACUUGUAUUAAAUCAUAUUAUAAAAGUAUUUGAGGACCGGUUCAAUGAACAAAGUGAUGAAAGUGGUUCAGUGGUCCAGGGGGAUGACAAAGAAACUUCACAAGGAAUCCCCGAUCUUGAAGCAGCCUAUAUGUUUGAUGUUGUUUUGGAAGAUGAAAUCAUUGAGGAAUAUUGUAAUCCUCUAAAAACAUUACGGACGAUAAUUUUCUUAAAAAGUUAUACCCAGAAGGUACAGUGGAAGAAGCAAGAACCAAUUUUAGGCAUGAGAUUUGAGAAUCCAAAGAAGCUUAAGAGCAUGUUAUGUAAUUAUGCUGUUAAGAAUGGCUAUCAACUAUGGUUCAAAAAGAAUGAUAGAAAGAGGUUUCUAGUAUUAUGUUGUAAAGGUACCGUUAUUGAGCAUUAUGCUAAGCUCUGGUAUUAUGGAGUGGAAAUUAGAAGAUCCAACCUUGGUUCAAUAGUUAGCAUGUAUGUUCUUACAAUGCCAGAUGGAAGGUAUGUUACUAGUGAGUUGCUUUAUGAUGUGGGAAGUGAUGCUAGGGACCAAAUAUACCCAACUACCUGGACAGUGGUUCUUAUGGAAGCUGUCAAGGAAUUGUUACCACAAGCUGAGCAUAGGCAAUGUGAAAGACACAUUGUGGCCAACUUCAGUAAAAAGUUUCUAGGGGCACAGUUUGUUCACAAGUUUUGGUCUGCAUGUAAUGCAACAACAGAAUGA